AUGUCUUCCCAGCCCACUCCAUCCAACCCCAUCCCAACAUCGUCCUGGAAAGAAUGGUGCUCAGGAUGGUGGCCGGGGGACUGGCCGAAGAAGACGACUAUCCUCGUCUUCUCGAGUCUUGCGAUUGCGCUUUAUGGGUAUGACCAAGGUAUGAUGUCCUUGGUCAACACAAACCGGUCUUACCUGCGCACCAUGGGCCUGCCCGAGGAAUCGGACCUCGUGGGCAUCAUCGUCUCUAUCUACUACCUCGGGUGCGGCUGCGGCGCCUUCUUAGCUUCCGGAAUCGCCGACAGGGUAGGCCGCAAGUAUGCGAUUGCGGCAUGUCUGAUCACAAGCGUGGUUGGAGACCUGAUGAUGUUUGCUCCUGGAAUAUACCCCAUAGGAUCGGACAAUUCGUGGGGUGGCGGCUCCCUUGGACUCAUGAUGGCCGGACGCGUUGUACUGGGAUUUGGUGUUGGAGGAAUCGAUGCUGUCAUUCCCGUCUACAGCUCGGAGCUCUCUAAGGACGAAACCCGCGGUAGCGCUAUGGCCAAGGAGUUCCAGGCAAACAUUUUUGGGCUCUUUCUCGCAUUCUUUCUCAAUUUUAUGUUUACUUACCUCUUAGGCAAGGACAGCCAGUGGGCCUGGAGGAUCCCUAUCAUUUGCAUGAUUUUCUUCCCUAUCUUGCUCCUUCUUAUAGUAAAGAGUUUACCAGAAUCACCGCGGUGGUUAGUCAGUCAAGGAAACUCCGAUGCUGCCAUGGUGUCAUUGGUAAACGUCCACGGAGAAGCCAAGGCAGAAAAUAUGCUUACUGAGCUCGAGGCCGCCCAGGAAGAAGAAAAUGGCACGGAAGUUGGAUAUUUCGCCAUGUUAUUCUCGCCAAGCUGCUCACAGUUUCAUCCCACUAUGAUCACUGUCAUGGGCCAGAUCAACCAAGCUUUGACGGGUUAUGGCGCUGUCUCAGUUUACGGCCCACAAAUCUUUGAACUCCUUGGACUGAGAGUGUGGCUCGCAGAGUGCACCACUCUCGCCAACUACUUCUGGUACUUAUGCAUGAUGAGAGUAGCCGUGUGGACGAUCGACGUUCUUGGUCGCAGGAAGUUGAUGAUAUGGGGUUCUGCGGGAUUAGCAAUCUGCUACAUCCUCUUGACUAUUAUGGGUGGCAUUGCUACGGAUGUUUUCCACGAACCUCAGCUCGGAGUAGAGAUUGUUGGAUCAGCCAUUCUCUUCCUCUCAACCGCUGUUUUUGGAAUAUGCUGGUUGACAACUGUUUGGUUGAUUCCAACCGAGAUCUAUCCCAACGCCGCGCGCGCCAAAGGCAGUUGUAUUAGCGUUGGAGUAUGGGGUCUUGUCAACUUCGCCGUCACAUUGGCUACUCCUUGGGGCUUCAACCACUUAAAAUAUUGGCUAUUCUUUGUCUUUGCCAUCACCAACACGAUCGCUGGCCUGUUCACAUGGCUCUUCUCACCCGAGACGGGCGGCCGAAGCUUCGAGGAGAACCAGGCUUUCUUCACAUCAGCCCGCGAAGAUAAAAGCUGCCUCGUAAUGAGAGUCGGCGGCGGCAGGUACCUACGUCUGCUACCGAACAGUGAAGACGACUCCGAGUACGCCGAAGGUGAUGCGGGAAACGCUAAGGGCGAAAACGAGGGGGACCAACAGGCGGGAAACGGAGACGGCGCGAGCUGGAUUACCGUUAUAGAGGCUCCGGUGAAUCGGGACACCGAUGGUGGAGACGAAGGCAGAGGAGAUACUAGGAGUGGUGAGAACGCGGAUGAGCCCUCGGAGACGACGCCUCUUCUGGGUACAAGUAAUGCACCUAAUUAG